AUGGGUUCAAAGUUUUUGUUAUUCCCUCGCAGAUUCCGAAGCGUAUUUCAUCCACGGCCAACCCGGCUCAACGAAAAGAGAUGGCUUCACUCGUCAGUGCUACAAAAAUCAGAAUCUUCAGUAGAAACUCCAAAAUCUUUGGCAACCACCUUAAAUCACCCCAUUCCACAAUUAAUUAAUUCAAUCAAACGGGUUCCUACUUCUCCAGAGCCACCGAAAACACCGCUCCAAAUUUCAGAAUCCAUCAAAGAGCUUCUUCCUCUACUUACGGCCCAACCAUCCCAUUAUGUCACUAUCCAUAUCCACGGCAAACCAUACCUUGUUACAGCAGGUGAUACUGUAAGAUUACCAUUUAAAAUGCCAGGAGUUAUUCCGGGAGAUAUCCUGCGAUUAAAUAAAGCUGUCAACAUUGGUUCUCGCGACUAUACUCUCAAGGGUACUCCAUAUGUUGAUGAAAGAUUAUUUGAGUGUAGAGCAACGGUUAUGGGAACCGAGUCGGAGCCAAUGAGGAUCAAGUUGAAAACAAAAAGAAGAAAUCGAAAAGUUAAGACGGUGAAGAGCAAGCAUCGGUAUACCAUAUUGAGAAUCGCCGAGCUAAGGAUCAAAAACCUAGAGGAAUUUUAG